UCUACAAGUUUAAGAUUUGUUUGGACUUUUUCCUUAGUCGAACAAUUUCCGGUUUUGGGGGAGAGACCUGCGGACGAGGGAUUGCGUCCAGAUUUUAUCUUUUUUUUUUUCCUCCGGAGAGACUUGCCGAUGUACGAUGACCGGUGGCUAUAGAGACUUUUGAUCUAUUGGAUCCAUUGCCAUCUCUAAUCAUCUCCUCGCCGAUUUCGCUCACCUAUACGUACACGCGAUAUCUCAAAGAAAUCAUCAUGGUCAUGGAGACUAGGAAGAGGAAAGCCGACCAGGCCUUGGCCUGUCGCGGCUCACGUCCCCGCCACGGCAAGAAGGAGCGUCCCGCUUCUCGGCCAGCAGAUUGGAGGGACUGGGCGGCGCUGCCCGGCACCGCCCUGCGUGCGAUCCUAGAGCGGCUUCAAACCGACGUCCUCCGCGGGACGGGGCCGGUGCUGGCGUGCGCGUCGUGGCGGCGGGCGGCCGUCGAGGACCCGCUUCUGUGGCGGCGCAUCGACCUCGCCUCCGACGAGGACGGGGACGAGGACGCUGCGGCGGGGUGGCGGGCGAUGGCGCGCGCCGCCGUGGACCGCAGCGCCGGCCGGUGCGAGUCCUUCCGCGGCCGCGUCAACGGCGACUUCCUCGUCUACCUCGCCGACAACGCGCCGUUGCUGAGGAGCCUCCACGUGACGACUGACGAGCAUGCUUGACAUGCGCGGCCGCAAACUUGGCGCGACGGCGAUGGGGAAGCUGACCCUUCUGGAGCAGCUCGUGGUGGCGGGAGGCUACUUCGACCACGCUAUGCUGUGCGCGGUCCUCGACCACUGCCCGCGUCUCCGGCUGCUCGACGCCGGCGGCUGCUACACCUUGGAAGCAACGGGAAAAAGGCUCGUGGCCAGGUGCGAGAGCAGGAUCCGGGACCUCCGGCUGCCGCGCUGGUCGACCGGUGGCGGAUGCUCCUGCUGCAGAGAAAUGGCUCAAGAGUACGCAGACGAACAUGAUGAAUGAUCUCAUCUGUUGCAGCAGACUAUACCCGGCUUUAAGUUUUAGUUUUGCUUCAGGCUCCAUGGACUAUGCAAGCUAGCUAGUUGAUUACUGUAGUUUACAUGCUCUUUGUGUUUUAUAUACAUGUUAUGUUAGUCA